GCGAUUUUAUAGAUGUUGCAAUUAGCUUUAAAGUGCCUCUAUUAACGUAUAUUCAGUUUGCAAAGCAAAGUUCUACUUGUUGCAUUAUUUAGACAUAGCUAAUAGGCUUGUGCUAGGUAGCGAACCUCACCUACAGAAGAACUGCGAGGGGAUGUUCAGUUGGAUGUGCACAGCCGCAGUACUGUACAAUUUGAAGAGUUGGUUGUGGCGUCUGUGGUGAGGUUUGGUAGGUGGGGGUUGUGGGUAAAUUCGAGCCCUGCUGUGGCUUGCUUGCUUCCGUCAAACAUCGCUCCAAUGGCGUGACUUCGUAUAUUUGGCACGCUCGUUUUGAUGGACUGGGAAAAAUGCAACUCGAAUUAUAAGAGUUAUGACGUUGAUGGGCAGCAAUUUUGAAGACACAUGUCCCAUUAAGAGCAGGGAAAAGACGAGGCACUGAAGUGUUUUCAUAAAGUGCCAAAGCAUCAUGUGUGCGGGAGGAGUACAGAGCGAUGAGGAAGAGCAGGACUACAAUGGGCAUGUCGCAGAUGGAGACAGCGAAAAUUCAAUCCUAACUUCGACCGAACGAACACCCCUCCUGCACCCCCCUUCAGAAACCGACUGGAAGCCACCGCCCGCAUUCAUCUGGAUCGAGCUCGCCAUCUUCCUCAACGUCUUCCUCUACGGUUUCGACGGCACCAUCACGGCCGCAACCUACGCAGUCAUAAGCUCCGAUUUCGACGCCGCCAAUACCGCUUCGUGGCUCACGACGUCCUACUUAGUUACCAGCACUGCAUUCCAACCUCUCUAUGGUCGCUUUUCCGACAUCUUCGGCCGCCGGAUAUGCUUCUUCGUCUCCACCAUUACCUUCGCCCUGGGCUGUCUAGGCUGCGGCGCCGCCCAAACGAUUGUAAUGGUCAACUGCAUGCGUGCCCUCGCAGGCUUCGGCGGCGGCGGUCUCAUGACCAUGGCCACCAUCGUCAACUCGGACAUGAUUCCCUUCAGGAAGCGCGGCAUGUAUCAGGCCCUGCAGAACGCCAUGUUUGGCUUCGGCGCCAUCUGCGGAGCCAGCUUCGGAGGGAGCAUCGCCGACGGCAUUGGCUGGCGGUGGUGCUUCCUUUUGCAGGUCCCCAUCUCCCUGUUUGCGCUGUUUGUGGGUUGGCUUGUCAUCAAGGAUCCGGCGGAGGUGAGGCCGUCGUGGAGGGAGAUACGGGAGAAGGUGGAUUUUGUAGGGGCGCUGCUGUUGGUGACGGCGAUCUCGAUCCAGCUGGUUGGGCUGAGCUUGGGUGGGAAUGAGCUUCCCUGGAGCAAUGCCUGGGUCAUCGCAUCGCUGGUGGGAAGCUGCGUGCUUCUGGCUGUAUUUGUCUAUGUGGAGGCGACGACGACCGCUAUCCCCGUGAUACCGCUGCGGCAGUUGAUGGGUAGGAAUCCCGUUGCCGUCCAGAUUGCCAAUGUCUGCGCCGGGACAGCUGCUUAUGCCUACCUCUUCAUGCUCCCCCUCUUCUUCCAAGUCGUCCUGCUCGACACGCCCACCAAAGCCGGCGCGCGCCUCGCCAUCCCUUCCCUCGCAACGCCCCUCGGCGGCCUGAUCGCCGGAAUCGUCAUGUCCCGCUGGGGCAAGCUCAUCAAACUCGUCCGCAUCGGCGCCGUCCUGAUGAUGCUGGGCAACGGCCUCGUCACCUCGCUCGCCUUCCACGACAGCCAAUGGAAGUACUAUCUGUGGAUCUUCCCCGCGAAUCUGGGGCAGGGCAUCAUCUAUCCUGCGAUUCUGUUCACGACGCUUGCGUCUUUUGAACAUUCGGAGCACGCGGUGUCCGCUUCCACGGUUUAUCUCGUCCGCUCCCUCGGCAGCGUCUGGGGCGUCGCCGUCACGGCAUCUAUCGUGCAGAAUACACUGACCUGGCGCUUACCUUUGGCACUCGAAGGCGUUCCUAGCAAGGAAGAGAUCAUCGACGCAAUCCGGCACUCCGUCACCGCCCUGCGCACACUCCCGCCCGACGUCCAGCUCAAGGCUCGUCUGGUCUACUACGACGGGAUACGCUACUCGUUUGCGGCGUCGACGGCGAUUGCGGCCGUGGCCAUUGUUGCGAGCGCGUUUGCGGCGAAUAAGGGGCUGAGGACUACGCAUCGGUGAUGGAGAUGAGGAGGGACGAGGAAGGAAAUAGCCGAGGACGAAGAAGGAAAAUAGCGAAGGUUUGGGGCGUACGUAGAGGAGUGGAUUCUUAGAGUGGAUAUAGAUGUGGGGGUAUAGAUCUCGAUAUUUGC